GAGUUUGGUUUAGAGGGAGGAGUGAGAGCCUGACCGAGCAGAGAAGAGUGAGAGCCUGGCUUAGUAGGGAGUGAGAGUCUGGCUUAGUAGGGAGUGAGAGUCUGGCUUCGUAGGGAGUGAGAGUCUGGCUUAGUAGGGAGUGAGAGUCUGGCUUAGUAGGGAAUGAGAGUCUGGCUGGACAAGCACUGAAACAGUAGCUGCCAUGAGAGUCUCUGCAAUGGAAGGUGGUGUUGUGUUGAUGGUCAUGGCAGUCCUGCCCAUGUUGCUGCUCCUGCCGUUCACCUCAGGAACCUCUCAACCUCCAAAUGUAAUCAUAAUGCUUAUGGACGAUAUGGGCUGGGGAGACCUAGGCACGAACGGGGAGCCCAGCAGGGAGACCCCAAAUGUAGACAAGAUGGCCCGAGAUGGUCUCACUGUGACCUCCAUGUACACCGCUGCUCCUCUCUGCUCACCGUCCAGAGCUGCUCUUCUCACCGGCCGACUGCCCAUCAGGAAUGGUUUUUACACUAACAACACCCAUGGCAGGAAUGCUUACACGCCACAGGAAAUCGUGGGAGGAAUCUCCCAGAGCGAGGUGUUGCUGCCUGAGCUUCUCAAGUCCCGAGGAUACACUUCUGGACUUAUCGGAAAGUGGCACCUGGGGCACCGCUCACCUUACCUGCCCCUGGAACGAGGGUUCGACUACUGGUUCGGUUCACCUAACUGCCACUUAGGACCCUAUGAUGACGUCACCACGCCAAACAUUCCAGUCUUCCGUAACGCGUCGAUGAUCGGAAGAUACUUCGAGGACUUCGCCAUCGACGAGAGUGAGGCAGUGUCCAACAUGACUCGCCUCUUCACCGAGGAAGCUGUCAGCUUCAUAGAACGUCAGGCAGAUGAAGGACCUUUCUUCCUCUUGUGGGCGGCUGAUGCCACACACGAGCCUGUGUAUGCUUCCAGCCUCUACCACGCCACUAGCAGGAGAGGUCGCUACGGAGACGCUGUGAGGGAGCUGGACGCUGGUGUGGGGGCCAUCCUGGACGCUGUGAGGGACGCUGGUGUCGACAAUAAUACUCUGGUUGUCUUCACCUCCGACAACGGAGCUGCUCUUGUCAGCAAACAACAUGGAGGCAGUAAUGGACCCUUCCUCUGCGGGAAACAAACGACCUUUGAGGGAGGAAUGAGAGCUCCGGGUAUAUUCUGGUGGCCUGGAGUCCUGAGUCCUGGUUCUAUCUCUCAUCAGAUCUUCCUGGUUGGUUUCUCAUUUCACCCAUGUCCCUCGUACCCUGAUCAACAGGUGUUGAGGCCAGUCUUCUACUACCGCGGUGACAGACUGAUGGCUGUGCGUCAAGGAUCCUACAAGAUGCAUCUCUUGACCUUCAGCACCCGGCCAGCUGAACUCGAAGUGGGUAUCAACUUCUGCCCUGGAGUUGAUGUCGAGAAUGUCACCACGGACCACGCCACAGACCAUAGUGACCGCCCCAUACUCUUCAACAUCCUGGUGGACCCGGCAGAGAGAUACCCCAUAGCCUUCAACGCCUCGGAAUACAAUAUACAAGUGCCUGUGGUAUGUUUGGCAUUGUCUUCACUCGAUCACAGAGCUCAUCUUGAACCUGGAGAACCACAGCUUAUCUGGUGUGACCCGGCUGUGAUGCACUGGGCUCCUCCUGGCUGUGAGGAGCUAGGCAAGUGUCUUAAGAUUCCACCAUCCAACCCCACCCUCUGUGUCUGGCCUCACUAGUGUGUUGACCUUGUACUGGUACACCAGUUAGUGUGAUGACCUUGUACUGGUGAACCAACAAGUGUGAUGACCAUGUACUGGUAGCCCAACUAAUGUUAUGACCAUGUACUGGUAUCCCAACUAAUGUUAUGACCAUGUACUGGUAUCCCAACUAUGUUUAUGACCAUGUACUGGUUA